AUGAUUUUAGCUAUAUUUUUUGUCCUUCUGAUAUUGGUUUUGUAUUUAUACAAUGUUCGAACAUUCAGUUACUGGAAAAAAAGAGGAAUCAAGUAUGAAGAACCUGCUCUAUUUUUCGGGACAUAUAAAAAAGUUUUGCUUGGGAAACAAAGCAGAUCACAGAUGACAGAAGACCUAUAUUGGAAGUAUCCCAAUGAAGACGUCGUUGGAGGUUUCAAAACAACUACACCAGAAUUAAUUGUAAGGAACCCAGAACUGAUAAAAGACGUUCUUAUCACCGAUUUCUCAUCAUUUUACAGACGCGGAUUAGUUACACAUAAAACUGUGAUUGAGCCUUUAAGAAAACACCUGUUUGCACUUGAUGGAGAUCUUUGGCGCUUGUUGAGACAACGAAUGACACCAGCAUUCACAAGUGGAAAACUAAAAGCAAUGUUUCCUUUAAUUGUGGAACGAGCUGAGAAAUUACAGUCAUACACUUUAGCAGCUGCCACUCAACAUCGUCCUCUGAAUGCACGUGACCUCAUGGCUCGCUUCACAACCGACUUUAUUGGUGCUUGUGGUUUCGGAAUAGACUCCCAAUCGUUGAAUGAAGAAAACUCAGAGUUCCGUAAACUCGGUGCACGAAUAUUUACUUUCACAACGCGGGAUAUUAUAGUUAAUAUGCUGAAAGAAAUUUUUCCUGAGCUCUUCAAAAAUUUCAAGCUAUUGGUGAGAAUUGAAAAAGAUAUAUUGGGUUUGGUGAAACAGAUACAAAUGAACAGGAAUUAUCAACCAUCGGGUCGAAAUGAUUUUGUAGAUUUACUUUUAGCCUGUCAAAAAAAAGGUGUAAUGGAAGGAGAGUCUCUAGAAAAACUUAACCCUGAUGGUACUCCCGCGAAGGUGUCAGCUGAACUUGAUGAUGAUUUAUUUGCCGCCCAAGUGUUUGUGUUCUUUGGUGCUGGGUUUGAAACGUCUGCAUCUUCAACUAGUUACACAUUGCACCAACUAGCGUUCCAUCCGGAGGUUCAGAAAAAAGUUCAAGAUGAAAUUGAUAGUGUACUAGAUAGAUAUAACGGUAAAUUAUGUUAUGAAGCCGUAAAAGAGAUGACAUACUUAGAUUGGGCGUUUAAAGAAGGGUUAAGAAUGUUUCCCUCCCUUGGAUUCCUCAUGAGACAAAGUACGUCAAAAUAUACGUUCAGAGAUAUAAACUUAACCAUAGAUGAAGAUGUAUCAAUAUUGAUUCCAGUGCAGUCUUUGCACAUGGACUCCAAAUAUUGGGAUGAUCCUGAAGAAUUUCGUCCGGAAAGAUUUGAUCCAGAUAAUUUUAGUACCACACAAAAAUUAGUAUAUUUUCCGUUUGGAGAAGGACCACGCAAUUGUAUAGGCAGUCGCCUUGGUUUGAUGCAGUCACUGGCUGGUCUGGCGGCCAUUUUGUCGAAGUUCACCGUGGAACCUGCGCCUGAGUCGACGAGACAUGUCAAAGUCAAUCCUAAAUCGAAUAUUGUUCAAGGUGUUAAGAACAAUCAACUGCCACUUAUGUUUAGAGAAAGAAAAAGUCACUGAUUGUAAUAAAUAAAAAUUAUCUAAAUCAG